UGCAGCAAAGUGCGGUGACAAUGCAGGAGCUAAAGGGUUUGGUGUCGUAUGAAACGGUCAAAUUAAAAAUACCAUUUGGGGAAAAAAACCUAGACGCAAUCUACACAAUUCCAAAUGUUCCUUUCACACAUGGAGUGAUCCUUACUCAUGGUGCAGGUGGAGACAUGAACUUCCAUCAGCUGGUAUCCACGACAGAAUUUCUUGCAUCUAAUGGGAUACUGUGCCUUAGGUUCACCUGCAAAGGCCUCAACUUGGACUAUAGAAUUAGAGCUUACAGAGCAGUUGUGGAAUAUUUAAAAUCUUCAACGGAAUAUAAAGUGAAAAGCUGGUUUCUUGGGGGUCGUUCCAUGGGAUCUAGAGCUGCUGCCAGUAUCGUUAAACAAUGUAAGGACACCCCAGAUGGGUUUGUGCAAGGUCUCAUUUGUCUGUCUUUUCCACUGCACCCUCCAAAACAGCACAAUAAACUUCGAUCAGAGGACUUGCUUCUUGUACGCCAUCCGAUCCUUCUGGUUUCUGGAUCAGCAGAUGAAAUGUGUGAGAAAGAUUUAUUGGAACGCAUAUUGAACAAAAUUUCACUGGAUGCCAAAGUACACUGGGUAGAAGGAGCUAGCCAUGGAAUGGAAGCUAAAGGACGAGCAGCAGAAGACAUCAUGGCUGAGAUAAAUACUGAAAUCCUUUUAUGGAUUAGGAAGAUUCUUGAAGAAAAAUCAAGUAAUUCUGGGUAUUAAUAAGUGAAACAUAGAUGAUAAUAUGGAUGUGAUGAACAGUUUUGUUCAACUAGUGAGAAACCCCAAUCUGAAAUAUUGGACAGGUUUUAUUUUACCUUAACGUUCAUUGUUACUAGAAGGAAAACAGACCUCCUAAUGUCUCAGCACUGAAACUAAAUUUUAUUGUAGUUUAUACCUCAGGGGCUAUGUAAAUAAAUGAGAAACACUUACCAACUUCACCAGUCAAAUAGUCAUUCAUAGCCAUUCAUACAACAUGCCAUUAAAUAAUAAAGCACAUGAGGUUAAAAAGAAUCUCGUUUUACCUUUCAUUGUUAGAAAAAGAAAACUUGCUGGAAGUAUGUCAGGUGACAUAAAAUGAAAGACCCGGUAUGUUCACUCUGUUUUGCUCUCCACAGCUGCUGCCUGUCUUGCUGAGUAUCUCCAACAUUCUCUGUUUUAUUUCCAAUUUCUAGUGUCCACCGCAUUUUGCAUUAUCAUAUGUCAAUGAGCUACUACGGUUAAAACAAUCAAACAGCAGGAGGAAUAUAUAAUUAACAGUAAUUAAAAUGGUUUUCCUUAGCCUAAUUCCAAAAAUAAACUCAGAUGUGACCCUGUCAUAUGUAAUCAUCUCUCGCCUGAAGUGAUGUUCUUGUAGGUGUUAUGGACUAGGUGAAUGUCCCUUUAAGAUAGCGCAUAGUGGUGUGUGUUGCAUGUUUACGUCAACAGAAGAUAAAGGACGUAAUGACAUUGUUGAAGAAGUCAGUCAGAGGAGAGAGAGAGAAAAAAAGAGAGACACCAGCCUGCUAGUUUUCUGUCGAUGGAUGAGAAACAAUAACUGUGUCUGUUACUACAAUCCACGUAUGGAAAUUGGGAGUAAUCCAGUGGAGUUCACUUUGUUGCUGACCUGUAGAGGGAAACAGCUAUUUGUGUGGACGGCCACGAUUCGGAUGCUUCUCGGGGUGAGGAAGUCACUACCGAGUAAACACUGAGGUGUCGUUUGGGUUCCAUCGUGGAACAUUUGGAUUUCAUAAUUACUCUCUAUGUUCUCUCUACAUCUACAUCUUAUCUUCAGACAACGGUGGUGGUUGAAGAAGCCUUUGCUCAUGUUUCACCUUAUGGCUUGCUGAACUGAACUUUAAGAACCAUUCCUGGACUUGGAGUUUGGGACUUUACCACACACACAUGACAAGUUUAGUUUUGGGGUUAAUGUUCAAGGUUUAACAUUUUUACUUCUAACAUUCUAACGUUUUUACUUUUGUUUUUCUUAUUAUCAUAAGUAGUUAUUAAUAAAGUAGUUUUUAACACGGAAUCAUGACUCUGUGUUUCUUUUGUUGCUGGUUCGUAACAAAAUUGGGGGCUCGUCCGGUAUCCAAUCCAAAGAUUGACAAGGGUGGUCUAAGUUCAAACAAAUUGAGGUCUUAGUGGACGACUGAUUGUGGUCGGUCUGAUAAAUUCUUUUUAAAUUGGAUUGUGUGUGUGGAAGCCAGCAACAAUGGAUACAUUUUUGAAAAAACCCACCCCUGGAGGGGAUGAGGAAGCCUGAUUUGGUGAAAAUUGCUGCAGAGCUACACCUUGAGGCAGUAACACGAUUUAUGAGAAAGGCAGAUAUUCAGAGACUGAUAGCUGGCCAUUAUGUGGAAAAGGUGUUUGAGGAGGAGGUAUUAAAACAGUUUCCUGGCAGUGAACCAGCGAUUUCUGAGGCACAGCUGCAGCUGGCAAAGAUAGAGGCUGAAUGGGAACGAACUAACUCAGUUGAAGUUUGAGGCUGAGGCAGAGCAAAGGAAGAUAAAUGCCCAGAUAGAAAUGAAGAAAAUGGAGUUGGAACAGAAAAGGAUAGAGUUAGAAAUGAAGUGAAAGAGUUCUGAUUCUGAUGAUGGUUUUUUAGCCAGUAGGGAGGUUCGAUUAGUCCCUCCUUUUGAGGAAGAUCAGGUUGAUCAGUAUUUCCAACAUU